AACAUUCAUUUGAUGUUGGUUGACAGGCUAAAUGUCAGCCAAAAAUUUUAAACUGUAUGUUUAAGAACACUCUUUAUAUUUUGAUUACUUCUGAAACUAGACCACCAAUUUACAGAACACAAUGGCUCGAUCACGACAACCCCCCCUUGUGACAGGCAUCUCUCCAAAUGAGGGAAUACCAUGGACAAAGGUCACAAUUAGAGGGGAAAACCUGGGAACCGGCUCCACUGACCUCAUAGGUUUGACAAUUUGUGGACAUAAUUGCCUCCUAACGGCAGAAUGGAUGUCUGCGAGCAAAAUUGUAUGUCGAGUGGGACAAGCCAAAAAUGACAAAGGAGAUAUUAUUGUCACAACCAAGUCAGGUGGCAAAGGAACCUCAACCGUCUCUUUCAAGCUACUUAAACCAGAAAAAAUAGGCAUUUUGGAUCAGUCUGCUGUGUGGGUUGAUGAAAUGAAUUAUUAUGAUAUGCGUACCGACAGGAAUAAAGGAAUUUCUCCCUUAUCAUUGCGUCCUGCUAACCCGCUUGGCAUUGAGAUCGAGAAAAGUAAAUUUCCUCAGAAAGAUUUAGAAAUGCUGUUCCAUGGAAUGAGUGCUGACUUCACAAGUGAGAAUUUUUCUGCUGCCUGGUAUCUCAUCGAGAAUCACUCAACCACCAGUUUCGAACAGCUCAAAACGGCAGUCACCAACCUCAAGAGACAGGCUAAUAAGAAGAGUGAAGGCAGUCUUGCCUACGUGAAAGGGGGUCUCAGUACAUUCUUUGAAGCACAAGAUGCUCUCUCAGCCAUCCAUCAAAAACUAGAAGCGGAUGGAACGGAAAAAGUAGAAGGAUCCAUGACGCAGAAACUGGAGAAUGUUCUGAACAAAGCGAGUAACACUGCAGACACGCUGUUUCAAGAAGUGCUUGGUCGAAAGGACAAGGCAGAUUCCACUAGAAAUGCGCUCAAUGUGCUUCAGCGAUUUAAGUUUCUUUUCAACCUUCCUUUAAACAUUGAAAGGAAUAUUCAAAAGGGUGAUUAUGAUGUGGUUAUUAACGAUUAUGAGAAGGCCAAGUCACUCUUCGGGAAAACGGAGGUGCAAGUUUUCAAGAAAUAUUACGCUGAAGUAGAAACGCGAAUUGAAGCUUUAAGGGAAUUACUUGUGGAUAAAUUGCUUGAGACACCAUCUACUUUACAUGACCAAAAACGUUACAUAAGGUACCUGUCUGACCUUCAUGCAUCCGGUGACCCUGCUUGGCAAUGUAUCGGAGCCCAGCACAAAUGGAUCCUUCAGCUCAUGCACAGCUGUAAAGAAGGCUAUGUGAAAGACCUGAAAGGGAACCCAAGCCUACACAGUCCCAUGUUGGAGCUCGACAGUGACGUCCGUCCCUCAGUGCUGGGCCAUCUUAGCCAGACAGCAUCACUGAAGAGGGGUAGCAGCUUUCAGUCUGCUCGAGAUGACACGUGGAGAUACAAAACUCCCCACAGGGUGGCAUUUGUUGAAAAAUUGACCAAGCUUGUUUUAAGUCAGCUGCCUAACUUCUGGAAACUCUGGAUCUCCUAUGUUAAUGGAAGUCUUUUCAGUGAGACUGCUGAGAAGUCAGGCCAGAUUGAAAGAUCAAAGAAUGUAAGGCAAAGACAAAAUGAUUUUAAGAAAAUGAUUCAGGAGGUAAUGUACUCCCUUGUGAAGCUGAUCCGUGGAGCUUUGCUGCCCCUCAGCAUCCGGGAGGGAGAAGCAAGACAGUAUGGAGGCUGGGAAGUGAAGUCUGAGCUCUCCGGGCAGUGGCUGGCUCAUGCCAUCCAGACAGUAAGGCUUACUUAUGAAUCACUAACUGCCCUUGAAAUUCCUAAUGACAUGUUACAGACUAUCCAGGAUCUCAUUCUGGAUCUCCGAGUACGCUGUGUAAUGGUCACAUUGCAGCAUACAGCAGAAGAAAUAAAGAGAUUAGCUGAAAAGGAAGAUUGGAUUGUUGAUAAUGAAGGACUGACAUCUCUACCAUGUCAGUUUGAGCAGUGCAUCGUUCAUUCUCUGCAGUCGCUUAAGGGAGUUCUUGAAUGCAAGCCUGGAGAAGCCAGCGUCUUUCAGCACCCUAAAACACAGGAGGAAGUUUGCCAGCUAAGCAUCAAUAUUAUGCAGGUUUUUAUAUACUGUCUGGAACAACUGAGUACCAAACCUGAUGCAGAUGUAGAUACUACCCAUCUUUCUGUUGAUGUUUCUUCUCCUGAUUUGUUUGGAAGUAUCCAUGAAGAAUUCAGUCUGACUUCUGAACAGCGGCUUUUGAUAGUCCUCAGUAAUUGCUGCUAUCUGGAACGUCACACUUUCCUAAACAUAGCGGAACAUUUUGAAAAGCACAACUUCCAGGGAAUAGAAAAAAUCACACAGGUUAGCAUGGCAUCAUUGAAAGAACUAGACCAAAGACUCUUUGAAAAUUACAUUGAGUUGAAAACAGAUCCCAUCGUUGGCUCCUUAGAAACUGGAAUUUAUGCAGGCUAUUUUGAUUGGAAAGACUGCCCACCUCCAACAGGUGUCAGAAACUAUUUAAAAGAAGCGUUGGUGAAUAUAAUUGCCGUGCAUGCCGAGGUAUUCACUAUUUCCAAAGAGCUGGUGCCUCGGGUACUAUCCAAGGUGGUGGAAGCAGUUUCUGAAGAGCUCAGUCGACUGAUGCAGUGUGUUGCAUCCUUUAGCAAAAACGGGGCAUUACAGGCAAGACUAGAAAUCUGUGCCCUAAGGGAUACUGUGGCUGUUUACCUGACAUCCGAAAGCAGAUCGAGCUUCAAACAGGCUGUGGAAGCCUUGCCUCAGCUCUCAAGUGGAGCAGAUAAAAAGUUACUGGAAGAGCUUCUGAACAAGUUCAAAAGCAGCAUGCACUUGCAGCUCACCUGCUUCCAGUCAACUUCUUCAACCAUGAUGAAAACAUAAGUACCUGCAAAGCAAGGGCAGUCCAUAAACUUAGCAAGGAAUAAAAUGAUUCACUUUCCUAAGCACCCUAAAGGACUUCAGUAUACAAAACAUUGGGUUUGCCAUUUCUCUUUUUCAUUUUUUUUUUAACCAAUUUGGUAGCUUAGAAAGAUGUUGGUAUAUGUUUUCUUUCAACCAAAAUAACCUUAUUUAAAAUGCCUAUGUAUUUGUUUUGCCAUUUUUAUCAGAUUAGGUCCUGUUUGACUGUUUACAAUCUCUUUUGAAACCUACUCGUUUUUCUUCGGUAAAGGUUGCAUGGUAUAUGCUGCAUCCUUCAGAAAGUGUUUUCAGAUGACAGGUGUGUUCGAAUGCAUUUCCCUUUGGCUCAUUUACUAGACCUUUGAUGUCAGUGGCUUCCAAGAAACAUGGGGAGAUUGAAAAGAGAUCUGGAAAGUUAGAGUUAGAUAUCUUUGGAGCUUCAGUUUUCCUGUACUGUACAUGUAUACUUAAAAACCUUAUUUCAUACAAACAGCCGAAGUCUCCUGAUUCAAGUGGUUGUUUAGAAAAAUUUGUGAGCCUGCGUUUAAGAAAAAUAGAUGAUUUGUGGUCCACGUGUCUAUGAAUGAACUUUGCAUUUUGCUGUCUUUUAUUUCUCACAGUGCUAAAUUUAAACCCCUGUUCAUUGUAGUUUUUUGGUUCUCAGUCAGUCUUAAUUGGAUGCCUGUCACUGUACAAAAGCUUGUUCCUGGUCUCUGAGGUCAUGUAUGUUACCUGCGAUUGAGGACAGGUGCCGGAUAUCAUGUUGUGCUCACUAGCACCAUCCAGCAGCCUCAGUCUUCGGUGUCCCCUAAAAAGCAGUGCAGGCCAUAGGGACGCUGCACCCCUGCUUUCUGCAAGCUGCUCCGUCCUCCCCAGCAGCUUAUUUCCUUACCCUUCAAAAUAGCUUGCUCAGUGGCUGAAAGAAUGCUGCUCUGGCAUGGUGCGUGUUUUCUGAAGCUUCAAGAGGCUCUUCAGCCACCAGGCAGUGGGAGCUGUAGAUCAGCCAAGUACGUUUGCCCUACAUUCACUGCUGAAGGCUUUACUGGAAGAGUUCAGGUCACCGUGACCUCAGCUUCCCUCACCUCACUCCUCCUAACUCCAUCAUAACUCUCUACUUAUAGUCUACUUUCAGAAUUUUCUUUGAAAAUCCUUAAUUAGUUGAAAUUAAUGACUUUUAAUACAAGGCAUUUUAGAGUAUAGGAUAGCCCUUGAAAUAAGUAAAUGUUGUUGCUCAUUCAUUUGUUUUAUUGGGAGGGGGAUCGGAGUAACUGGAAAUACACAGAAUAUUGUCUCUCUUGAGUGUGUUAACCAUUGUUUCCACCAUAACUGUGAGCUAAAUUACAAAACUGCCGUUCCGAAUGUGUGUUAUUUUAAAUAAAUACCUGGUACAGUGCAUUUAGCCAAUAAAGAAUCUGUCCUUAACUUAG